AUGGCUUGGAGCAGGCUAUUAAUAUUCACCAGCAUAUUAGUACAUGUACAUGCUCAUGGGCGCUUAGUGCAUCCCCCUAACAGAGCUUCCUUAUGGCGCCUCGGGUACAAUUCACCCCCUAACUAUGACGAUGAUGGAAUGAACUGUGGAGGAUUCUAUCGGCAGUAUUCGGUCAAUCGUGGCAAAUGCGGCAUCUGCGGUGACGCGUAUGACCAGAAACAACCACGUCCGCAUGAACUUGGCGGUACCUACGGCAUUGGCUACAUCGUCGCUCACUACGAAGCUGGCGAAACCAUAAAUACAAAGGUCCACUUAAGCACUUCGCACUUAGGCUUUUGGGAGCUCCGAAUCUGCCCCGAUCCUUACCACCAAUCACAAGACUGUUUCGACAACGGCUAUCUUCUGGAACUCGAAGAUGGUGGUACUAAGUAUUAUCCAAGAAAAGGUGACGGGUCUUAUGAGGUCACUUUUCGCCUUCCUGAAAGACUGACUUGUGAGCAUUGUGUUCUUCAAUGGCAGUAUACAGCCGGGAACAAUUGGGGAUUCUGUGCUAACGGAACCCAGGGUCUUGGGUGCGGAAACCAGGAACAAUUCUACUCAUGUGCAGACAUAUCUAUUGCGAAUAGCUUGAGCUCUAAUGAUAUAGACAACAAUGACGAUGUCGGCCAAGAUAAAGACGUGGACACAGUUCCUUCUAAGUUUUCGGCGCUAAGUCCUAUCGAAGUCGAACUGCUAAUUCGAAAAAUGCAGCUGGCAGGAUACCGAGUCUUCACCGGCAAUGAACCAGUAACCAGUCCCAAUUCGGGAAAGAAACGAAAAAAGAAUCACAGACGAAAGAAAAGCGAUAUCCCACUGGCGGUGAUUAAAACGAGAAACUGUGAUACCAAAUACGCUCAUGUUUUGUAA